AUGCCUACCCUAGCUGUCGUCAACUUUAACAUCGUGUGUGCUACCCUAGGCGGAUUCAUCACGCUGUUUGGCUUGGUGUCCUACCUCUGCAAGGAGAAAUUCUACCUUUCCGAAGCUCUCAUAUCCAUGAUUGCCGGGAUCGUAUUCUCACCACAAGCCACGAACCUUAUACGACCUCUUCAGUACGCGCUGGGAGACGAGGAAACGCUGCAGACCAUAACGCUGUACUUCACCCGUCUGGUGCUAGGAGUGCAGCUAGUACUAGCUGGUGUGCAAUUGCCGAGCAAAUACUUAAAGACAGAAUGGAAAGCCCUAUCGCUUCUUUUGGGGCCAGGUAUGACCGUCAUGUGGAUUUCCACGAGCCUUCUGGUGUAUGCGUUUGUUCCGCACUUGAGCUUUUUGCACGCUCUUGCGGUUGGAGCUUGUGUGACUCCCACUGAUCCUGUGCUGUCCAAUUCCAUCGUUAAGGGCAAGUUUGCCGAUAAAAAUAUCCCAAAAGAACUUCAGAAGAUUAUCAUUGCUGAAUCUGGGGCUAACGACGGUCUUGGAUAUCCGUUCCUCUUUCUUCCGCUUUAUUUGAUCAAGCACAUUGGAUCGAACGGGCUUGGUCAGGAUAAUAGCGCCCGCAAUGCAAUGGGAGACUGGUUUGGUGAGACUUGGGCGUAUACAAUAAUCCUCAGUGUCGUCUAUGGUGCAGUGGUAGGGUGGGUCGCCAAAGAGCUUCUUCAUUGGGCCGAGGCCCGCAAAUAUGUGGAUAGAGAAAGCUUCCUUGUCUUCGCAAUAACCUUAGCCCUGUUCAUUGUCGGCACAGUUGGCAUGAUUGGAAGUGAUGACGUCCUCGCAUGCUUUAUUGCAGGCAACACAUUCACGUGGGAUGAUUGGUUUCGCUUGGAAACGCUUGAUGACUCUUUUCAGCCCACAAUUGACAUGCUACUCAACGUAGCCGUCUUCAUCUGGUUCGGCGCAGUUUGUCCUUGGUACAGCUUCGCCCACAACAAUGUCAUCCCAAUCUAUCGACUGAUCUUCCUUGGAAUUCUGGUACUGCUACUCCGCCGACUACCAAUUGUCUUCGCCAUGCACAAGAAGAUCCAUCAGAUCGAAGAAGUCCGCCAAGCCCUGUUCGUCGGGUUUUUUGGACCCAUUGGAGUCAGCGCCGUAUUCUACCUCUACAUCAGCCUAGAAUUCCUUAGGGGAAUUCAAGUCGAUGGCGAAAUCCGGAAGGAUGCUCGUGUUCUCUCCGAGGUCAUGAGCGUCGUCAUCUGGUUCCUCAUCGUCCACGGCCUCAGCAUUCCUCUCGGGAAAUUAGGCCUCUACCUCCCCCGCACAAUCUCCAACGCCGUCAGCCAGCAAAGCGACCCCGAGCCCUUCCACAUCAGCGGCCCCGCCGACGCUGAGCUAGGCAACGAGAGCAAUUUACGCCGUCGCACCGGCGGCAGCAGCGCAACAGGCCUUCCGCGAAGGGUCUACCGCAUUGGCCGCAGCGUCAUUGGAACUAGCCAGAGCCAUAUUACGUCUGUGAGCCAGAAGACAUCGCGCAGCUCGUCGCCGAGCAGGCUGCAGUCUAUCUCUAUGCCGAAUCUUGGUCAGGGGGGUUCGUCGAGUGCGCCAGGUGGCUCGCCUGUGGACUUGAGCUCGCAGGAUCGUGUUGACCGCAUUGAGACGGACAUGUCCAACCUCCCGCCGAUGGGACCAAGGGCGAUCCGGUUUCCGGACGAGGAGGGUGUGGGACCGACGAGCCCUGGGGGGAGUGUGAGGAAGGAGUUGUGA